CCGUCUUUCGGACAGAGGGCCAUUAAUAGCAGCACAAGCAACCGUUGCUUCAAGUAAAAUCAGUGCGCGGGCGGGAUGGGCCUCUGGUUGGGCUGGAGCCUGGCGGCUGUGCAGAGAUUUCAAUUUCCAAUCGAAACAGCCAGUCGACUGUCUGCGUACGCGCCAGAAAAUGCAGCGGGUGCUGUUAGCACGAGCAAUCACCGCAAAAUAGCGGAGUACCACCUGGCCUUGGAGGGUGUGAGAGGGGGCUGGGAGGGGCGCCAGCCCAAAAAAAAAAUGAGCCAGAAAAAAAAAAGUCGACCGCUGCGGCUGCCGCUUGGUGAUUGCGCGCGCACCCAAGAUUCCCGGCUCAGGUACUUAUUGGGCGCACCGCCCACCACCCAGCCCCAACCCCCGAAAUUCUAUUUUCCCCCGUUCUUCAGCACUCUCCCCCUCCCAUCAAUCCCCCCAAGCCGCACCACUUUUCACCCUCAUCCCGCUAUCCUUUAGAUCGCUUCCAGCGGCCCUUUUUCUUGCCAGAACUUCGCAACAGCGCAUCUGCCUUUUGAGCCCUGCAGGACACAAAAGCAAGAAGCUAC